AUGAGGGGACGCUGUAGGAUGUAGAUAGAAUAAUCACUAAAACUCGUGUAGCCUAGAUCCAAUCCCAAGAAAAUCCGCAUCUGUUGGAACGAGAUAAUCACGCAUUUGUCUUGUUUUUGCGCUCUUCUGCGCAUUUGGCACCGGUUGUUAAAGUUUUAUCACUUAAACGCAAACGAAAUAGCUGAUGUGUUUGCUCUGCGUGCUAUCCACAACUGCGACCGUUAAUUUUCUGUGAAUGCGUGUACUGUCAUCAUCAAUAAGCAGUUGGACCAUUCGGAAAGGAAGUGCACACAUUUCCAUUCUGCGAGCUACAGAAUAGAACAGCCUGCACAUAUUUUUUUGAGUGCGCAGUAGGGAUAGCGAUACUCCUGCAUAUGCUAUGCUGCACCUGUAAAGAAGAUUUGGAUUACCAGAUGAACUGUAGGCUAUUAACUAACCCGCGCUCGCUCCACCGGACAAAAUACGCAUUUGCCUUUUAAAUCAACUGACGCGUUGUGUAUCUCGACAAGCAGUGGGAUUUAUAAACCGAAGAUGGGUGUUUGUGGAUACUUUGUCGUGUCUUGGAAGUGCCUGGUGGUUCUGUCAUUAAGGGUACUGUUUCUUGUCCCCCCAGGUUUGCCUGUCCACAGUCAAGGGGAUUCCCAAACCGAUAAUAAAGUAAUGGACAAUAUUACCGUCAGGCAAGGCGAGACCGUCUUUCUCAGGUGCCCACAGGGGGACAUCGUCACACACACGGCCUGGCUCAACCGGUCGAGUAUACUUUACGCCGGCGAGGACAAGUGGUCGGUGGAUCCCAGGGUGAGUCUUGUUACACUCAAUCAGGAGGAGUUCACCAUAAAGAUUGAGGACGUGGACAUGACCGACGAGGGCCCAUACAUCUGUGCGGUGCAGACGAGCAGGAGACCGAGGACGACGUCAGUGCACAUCCUCAUCCAAGUGCCCCCCACAAUCAUCAACCUGUCGAAGGGCAUCGUGGUCAACGAAGGCUCCAACGUCACGCUGUUGUGCCAAGCCAGUGGCAAACCAGAACCCUCGUUUACCUGGAAACUCCUGUCUCCCUCAGGUGACCUGGCAUCGGAGGACGAGUACCUGGACAUCCCCAGUAUCUCCAGACAGAGAGCGGGAACCUACGAGUGCACCGCCGUCAACGACAUCGCCACAGAUGUCCAGACCGUGGAGAUCACAGUCAACUAUGCCCCCAGUGUGUCAGAGGGCAGAGACGUUGGCGUGACCCUUGGCCAGAGAGGGGUGCUGGAGUGCGAGGCGGAUGCAGUACCCGAGGCAGACUUCGAGUGGUACCGAGACGACAGAAGGAUCUUCAAUGGUUUUGACGGCAUGGAGAUCGAAGAUGCCGGGCAGCUCUCCAAGUUGACCUUCUUCAAUGUCUCUGAGGCCGACUACGGCAACUACACUUGCAUCGCCAUUAACAAACUGGGCAGCUCCAACACACGCUUUGUCCUGUAUGAGGUUAUUGAACCCACUAGCUCAACACUAUUGCAAGGACCCGGAGCAGUGCAGGACGGGAACAGCGGCUCGAUGGGGACGCAUGUACACACCUACACCUGUCUACUUCUGGCCAUCCUUCAGUUUCUGCUCAGGUUUUGAUGCAGUAAGCUUUCUGGCUUCCGAGGGGCAAGGUUGCGUGGUUUGUGUGUUUUCUCUCACCCGGAACCACAAACGUGAUGCACAUGAGUGCAUGGGCUACCCUAUUACAUCAUGUCAAACCUCUAAAACAUAUUAUGUAACAUACACAUUUUUCUUUGUUAAUUUUAGGAGUUUUAAGGACAUAACAACAUUGGAUUUUCGGGUUUUGAUUUGUUUUCGUUUCCCCUCCCAUUAUGGUAUGAUUCUCAAAUGUUUCUUUUUGGGUGUGGUUUGUCUGUUAUUUACAUUUAUUUAUUUCAGUUUCUACCGAGUGACAUAGUCAUCUUAGCCCCAAGAGUCUUAAGCGUAAAUCAUAGUCCAUUGACGUUAAGACGCAAUAGUCCGGCAUCCCAUUGUGACAUAGCUACGCGGCUCUGAGACCACCAUCCGCGGGGGAUGCACAGCCCGAAAGCGCACCUCCCAACAAUUCCCAACCAACGCCGCUCCGGUACGCGUCCUUUAUUCAUUUGAAUGUGGUAACGGUUGGAGAAAAAGCUUGAGAAUUUGAAAAGUAUGAAUGCCAAUAUUCCAGAACACUGCUGUGCGUAUGCGUACACAUUUUGGACUAUGAUAGACGCUUUAGCCCCAAGAUUCUUAUCCCCAAGAGUUAAGUGUAUGAGGUGAAUGAAACAAACAUUUCAAACAGGCAGUGAAGCAGAUGGACUGAAAUCACUCUAGGACCUAAAAGCCUGUUAUCACGUUUUUUGUUGUUGGUGUAAUUAUAAUUUAAACCUAUUUCUGAUUCCGACACAUUGACAAACCACAACAAUGGUCAAUAAGAAAUUAUAUUUUCUCAGCAAUGUCAAUUGUGAUAUUUUCAGUUGUUUGUGCUAUUCUAUCUAUUUUGGGGAUUUUAACACAUAUUUUGAAAGGGGUAAAUACAAUAUCAAAGCUGUAAUUGUGAUUAUUUAGGCAAAGAGCUUGUUUUUCCUCCCUUUUAGCUGGCACAAGUCUACACAAGGUGGUGUAAAGAAUGACUUAACUAGUUAUGAAUGGGAAGGAAGUUAUUUCCAUUUGUGUGGACAUCUAACUUCAAGUAAUGUAAUCUCUCACAAAUGUUAUUAAUGUCACUACAACUGGUUUUACUUUAAGGUACUUUAAGUUAUAUGUAUUUACAUGGGUCAUUUGCACACUAGGGUCAAUUCUGAAGUAUUCCCAUCUCAACAGUGUUGGUAACAAAGAGGCUAAGGAGUAAGAUUAUGUCCAAUAGCAACUCUAUGGAUCACUCUAAGGGCAAAUUCUAACUUGCACUUGAAAGGAUACUUUGGAAUUUUGGCAAUGAAACCCAUUAUCUACUUAAGAUGAACUCACGGAUACCACUUUUAUGAAUCUGCAUCCAGUAUGAAGGCAGUUAGAGGUAGUUUCACGAGCCAGUGCUAACUAGCUUAGCGCAAUGACUAGAAGUCUAUGGGAUCUACUAGCAUGCUAGCAGUUACCAUGGACUAACACUAGUUAGCAAUUGUGCUAACUAUAGUUAACAACUUCUUUUAAACUGCUCACAGAGAAAAUGGUAUCCACAAGUUCAUCUGACUCUGGGGAAGUAGAUAAAGGGCUUCAUUGCCAAAAUCCUGAAGUAUCCCUUUAAGUAACAUUUUCACUUUGAUGCAUUGAUGUCAAUGGGAGACUUAGUGGAAAUUGGACUGAAGUGGAGGUUAGUAUUUGCCCCUAAAAGAGCCCAAAGACCUCUCAGCCAUUAGUUUGUCUUUUUUUGUUGUUGUUACAAAAUACCCUCUCAUAACCAAUAAGUAUUAAUUGUUUGGUUGUGUUGAACUGGUACAUGUAAAUGUACUGGAAUGUACAUGCAAAUGUACUUUGACUGGAAAUGCAAAUGUUUUACAUAUAUGGUCUCCCAAUAGAGCACAUAUACAUACAGUCCGUUAAUAUAUUAUAAUUUUGUGUUGUAUACCGGGUUAAAUAAUCAGGGCCGAGUUUGGAUUGAUUUGAAAUCAGGCAUAUAUUUGUCUCCUCUGUGACCUUGUCACCAAGGACACACUCAGGAGCUACAACAAUACUUCCUGUAACCUUUCUAUGUAACACAACAUCCACUUAGUCUGACUCUAUAGAGAAAACAUCUACUACAGACGUUUGCUCAAUGCUCAAUUUGUUUUUGUAUAACAGGAAAGCACACAAUGCUCUGUGAAAUCAAUAUGCAAGAAUUCUGCAGCUUUCUUCUGUGCAAUGCCAUCAACCCUUUGGCCCAGUUUAUAAACUGCACAGCAGUUGCUCUUCCUUGUGAUCAUUUUUUAAAAUGUAUUAAAAUAUCUGGACCCAUAUUCACAAAGUGUCUCAGAGUAAGAGUGCUGAUCUGAGAUAUUUUUUGUAUUUUAGAUCAUAAUGAAUACAAUGGCAUGGACAGGGGGGGUCUGAUCCGAAAUGAUUUGUUCCUGUGUUGGUUUUAACGUUACAUCUAUCAGGCAGUGCACUUGUGGAGCUCAUGAACAACAAAUAAUUUACAAUGAGAAACCCCAAUCGAGUGGUUCACUGUGGCUAAAAGGAUAAUUGUAAGGGACUGAUGUAUAAAAACAAAUCCUAAUUUAGAGGUCUUAAAGGUAGAUUCAACGUUGUGAAAUCAUCAUCAUACACAGCGGGACAAUUUAUUGCUUGCUCCCAGAAAUCAACGUCUAAUCUGCCAGGACUGUUACUAUUGGUUCUUCCUUAAAUGGGCAUGCCUCAGGGGAGGGCGCAGAUUUAACAGUCAGUUUUGGCAGUUUUCUGUUGUUGAUGUCUGGAAGCAGGAGGUCACCAUGCCAUGUCCGAUGAUAACAUAGAGUGAAGUCUGCCUUCAAUAUUUUAUUUGCAAAUGGGGAGAAAGGGACACAUUUUGAUGUUAAGAAAUAUUUGACAUGUUAAUGGUUCAAACCUGUGGUGCUGCCAUCAGAAUAGGCCAUAUUACAGCAGAUAAUUGGGUGCAUUUAUCACACAUUUCAAAUGUGUGAUGUCUGUGUGAGAGCUGCAUUGAUUUUACACUGAUUAGGAAUAUCACUUUAAUGCAUGUCAUGAUUGGUGCAAAAUACAUCAGCGUAAUGGUUUGCACCCCAAAACUAUUUUUGAAAUAAAUACCACAUGAUUAUUACCCUUGUAAAAGAGGUCUUCAGACCUCCAUGGGAUAAAUAAAGGUUGAAUAAGUUUUCUCUGUGGUGAUGGCAUCACACAUUUUUACUGACAAAACGGAUCCCAAUGCCUGUUGAAAGAUAUGGAAAUCUGGGGUUAACCUCCGUCUAGUGACGGAAACUAUAUCAUUAUGUGGACUCAAUGAAUUAAAGGCCAUGCUAAGGGUAGAUUCAAUAAAAGUGUUAUUUUUUUAAUUUUUUUUUGCAGUUGUUUCAAAACAUAUGUACAGAAAGCAACAGCUGGGGCUUCUGAGAAGUCCACGGUAUAACCAUCACAGAAAGCUAUUUCCAACUAUUGUUUUUGAUUGAGCUUAUAUUGCACCUACCCUUUAGUAUAGUGCUGUUUGUGACGUGACGUGACAUUUGUUGAGUAUGCAUUGCAGUUUGGAAUAAUUCCUUUUGGAAUAGGGACUUUGGAAAUAGCAGUGACAAAGUUGUAGACAUUGGCGGCAUACGGAUGUGCUUGUCUCAGUUGUUAUAAAAGGAAAUUUCUGUGUUGGUGCAUUACCAAAUCUCAUGAUCAAAUGAAUUUGAAUUUCUGAUGACACACACAUUCCCUCUACUCCAAUACAGUACAGUCAAGUCAUUCACCCGGCAUAGGUCACAGUAAUCCCUUAAUUCUGGUUGAUUCCAAAGUGAAGAGAAAAUGACAUUCUAUUUGACUCCCUGUAAUGUAAGAUUGUUAAUUCAUAUGUAUUUUCUUUAUGAAGAUUGUGUGUUCAUAUUUAAGACUGACAAUAAUAAAAAAAAACAUGUAUCUUAA